AUGUGUCCUCCUUCCAAGAAAAGAAAACCGAAAAAGAGAUGUAAACCAGAGAAACCUGAAGAAGAUACUGACAUAGGUCCACCUUGUACGGAGAAACAACCAUACAUACUUCCUAGUCAAAUUUGUCCUUCAUGUUGUUACAUAAAAAUGCAGGAUCCUUAUGCUCCAUGCUGUUGCGAGACAAAGCCACCCCCAUGUCCUCCCAAAUGUUAUCGUCGACAACCACGAGAACCAAUCUGUGAAUGUGAUCUCUGCAAAAAAGGUGUCGACAGCAAAUGUUGUGAACUGAUCGCAGCUUUUCGCACUAGAGCCAAUGAUUUCAAAACAUAA